UUUUCUUGCUCCCAUCUUGUUUGUUCAGAGCAUGGUGGCGUCUGUUACUUUUUCAAAGAGCUGAAUUUGUCAAGUUCCCAGUUCCAGAGCUGGAGAAGUGGUGACACGGUGCCUGCUGAGUGACUGAAAUCUCACAGAGCGUGUGGGACAGAUUGCUGCCAAACAAAUGUAUCAGAGCUGAGACAGCUUUGAUACUUUUCCAGGAAAUCCUGUCAUGGAAAGCAGAGCCCUACCAGGAAUGACAAUGCUGGGAAUGCAAAGCCACAGGACACACAGGCUUUGGCAACAGUAACAGCACAGCAGACCUCAAGCUGAGUGAAUGUAUAGUGUAACUGUAUAUAAAAAUAGACCGUCACAGCCUUGUUCCUGCACUGCCAUAAUGGGGCAUCCUGCACAGAUGUUCCAGACUGCCUGAGAAGAUCCCAUCUAGUUGCUCAAGAUGUGUGAUGUGUCUUCUAAACUUCUCACAUGAACUAAUAUAACAUCAUUGUUUUCCCAAAAAAAUUUUUAAUCUGCCUUACAAGAAGUAUUUGUUGUGUAGCCAACAGUGAAGCCUCAGCCACCAACAGAAAAAAAUACUCCAAGAAGAUGCCCAGGAAAGGAGGGAAGCAUGCUGACAUGGUGAAGGGAACACAGGCACAGUGUAAACGGCCCAAGUUGGACACAGCUGGUUCUCCAUCAGUCCUGCGUUUUGAGAGCCCAGACAGCCUCUUCAGGAGCCUGAUCUCUCCCAUGGAAGAAGAGGUGUUUUUCAGGGAGUACUGGGAGCAAAAGCCACUGCUCAUUCAGAGGAAUGAUGCCCUGGUGGCUGCUUACUACCAGUGCCUGUUCCAGCUGUCAGACCUGAUGGAGCUGUGCAGCCAGGGCCUGUACUACGGGCGAGAUGUAAAUGUCUGCAGGUGUGUGAACGGGAAAAAGAAGGUUUUAAAUAAAGAAGGUAGAGUGAAUUACAUGCAGCUGAAGAAGGAUUUUGACCAGAAAAAGGCAACAAUACAGUUUCAUCAGCCUCAGAGAUUUAAGGAUGAGCUGUGGAAGAUUCAGGAGAAGCUGGAGUGCUACUUUGGGUCUCUGGUGGGCUCCAAUGUUUACAUCACUCCCCAGGGGUCUCAGGGCCUUCCCCCUCACUACGAUGAUGUUGAGGUGUUCAUCCUUCAGCUGGAAGGAGAGAAGCACUGGCGACUCUACAAACCAACGGUGCCUUUGGCUCGGGAAUAUAACGUUGAGUCAGAAGAUAGGAUUGGGAAUCCCACACAUGAGUUCAUAUUAAAGCCGGGUGACUUACUGUACUUCCCAAGAGGGACAAUUCACCAGGCUGACACUCCUCAUGGGAUCUCCCAUUCAACACAUGUGACCAUCAGCACCUACCAAAACAACUCUUGGGGAGAUUUCUUACUGGAUACAAUUCCUGGCCUUGUGUUUGAUACAGCAAAAGAGGAUGUGGCGCUGCGGAUGAGCAUUCCAAGGCAACUGCUCAUGCAGGUGAACACAGCUGACUCCACCAAAAAGCUGAGCAGCCUUUUGAGAAGGCUUGCAGACCAUCUGGAGAGCUCCGGGGAACUGAGAUCAUCCGACAUGAAGAAGGAUUUCAUUAUGCACCGGUUGCCUCCGUGCUUGGGAUGCGACUCUGAUCCUUUGACUCCAGGUGGGAAAUUGCCAAAAAUAGAUAGCAAAAUCAAACUGCAGUUUAGAGACCAUGCUAUCAUCACUGUGGAACCAGAUCAGGAGAAUGCUGAUGAAAUUCGCAGGGAGAUGGUUUAUGUGUAUCAUUCCUUAAAGAACAGGAGAGAAACUCACAUGAUGGGGACCGAGGAUGACACUGCCAGUGAGGACGGCCUGGCACAGCAGACGCAUGGGCUGCGGUUCCCUUUGUCACACUUGGAUGCACUGAAGCAGAUCUGGAGCAGCAGCACUGUUAAUGUUAAAGAGCUUAACCUUACCUCAGAUGAAGAGAAAGAAAACCUUGCCUUGUCACUAUGGACUGAAUGUCUGAUUGAAGUUCUUUGAUGCUUCUGUGAGUUUCUGGCUAUUAAGAGAGCAAGGCUUAUUAAAUUAGUUUUUUUUUAGUCCA